GGCACAACUCCUCAUUUUGACCCCCCCCAAUUCUGACCACCACCCCUGAAGGACAGCCCUGUGGUUGAUAAUGCAAAUGCCACCAAUGAGAUGAUAGCACAGGCCCUCUCAAAGGAUCUAGCAGCACAAGGUUCCCUGCUCUUGGCUAGAACGCAGACUGCUUAGGCUCUCAGAGCUGAAGCCAAGGGAAGCAGAAGAGUGGGAGGCUGCUUGAGGUGGGAAAAGGGAGGGCAGAGUCAUGUUCCCAGAAAGAGGCAAGGGGAAAGGGGGAAUCCAAACAAGGAGCAGGAAGGGGGAUUUCUGAGCAGAAAUAGUGAAAGUUCCUCCUGCUAUAAAUAGAUGGUCAAGAGUCCACCCUUACGCAGACAUCCACACUCACAUUCCCAGACCCCAUAUACCCUACAAAAAAGCUGUGACAUUUCCACUAUCAGCCAAGCCACUCCCAGCCUCACACAGCCUGCUGCACAGCUCACAGGCACUCACACACACACACUCUCACGGUCAGUCAGCCUGCGUUCAUCCUCCAUGGCAUCCCGUGCAGCCGCACUACUGGCCAUCAGCCUGCUGAUUCUGUGGACCUCCCAUGCUCAGAGUGGUGCCAACGAUGCAGAAGACUGCUGCCUGUCUGUGAGCAAACGCCCUAUCCCCGCGCACAGGGUGAGAUCCUUUCGAUUCGCCCUCCUCCAGCAUGGCUGCCCAGUGCCCGCCAUCGUGUUCACCACACUGAAAGGUUACCAUCUCUGCGCACCGCCAGAGCUAAUGUGGGUGCAGCGCCUCGUCUUGAAACUGGAGAGGAACGCUGCCAAGAGCAUGCAAAGUUAGCCCAUGGCAGCCCCCAAGAGAGCCCUGUGUCCGAGUGAAGGAUGUGAAUCACUGCCGCCCUGGAGAGCUGAGACCUAGGAGAGAGAACCAGACCGUCAGCUCCUAUACAACAAGACCUGAGCAGGGCCUAAAGUGUCAAUGUGAGUGUGAGUGUGUGUGUGAAUGUGAGCAAGAGGGUGAACGAGAGUGUACAUGUAGCAAGAGCACAGCUUCUCCAUGCCCAGACUGCAAUAUUUCCAAUAAAGCCCACUGGCACCCACA